UCAACUUUCGAUCAAAGGCAAAUAACUUGGUAUUUGGCUGCUAUGUCCGAAUUCUAUUGCUCACUCCGUCUCGCCCUGCUAAGCUAGUUUGUUUUAAAAGUCUCUCUGUAACACCAGACCUCUCGAUCUACUUUAGCAAAUAAGCGGCUAACGAGGGUCAGCUAACUAACUGCCAUCAAGGUAAAGCAUGGCAAUGACGGGCCAGAGCUCAUGCUCCUCCAUGAGUAACCACACCAAGGAACGUGUCACUAUGGCCAAGGUGACCCUCGAGAACUUCUAUAGUAACCUCAUUGCCCAGCACGAGGAAAGAGAGAUGAGGCAAAAGAAACUGGAGAAGGUGAUGGAUCAAGAAGGCUUGGCUGAUGAAGAAAAAAGUCGCCGGCGUACGGAGCAUGCAAGGAAAGAGUCCGACUUUCUUCGUCUAAAGCGUACCCGACUCGGUCUGGAAGACUUUGAGUCCCUCAAGGUGAUCGGCCGUGGAGCCUUUGGAGAGGUGCGUCUGGUGCAGAAGAAGGACACUGGGCACGUCUACGCCAUGAAGAUCCUUCGCAAAGCUGACAUGCUGGAGAAAGAACAGGUGGGUCACAUACGUGCUGAGCGGGACAUCCUGGUGGAGGCAGACAGCCUGUGGGUGGUCAAGAUGUUCUACAGCUUCCAGGAUAAGAUGAACCUCUACCUCAUCAUGGAGUUCCUACCUGGAGGAGACAUGAUGACCCUCCUGAUGAAGAAGGACACGCUGACGGAAGAGGCCACUCAGUUCUACAUCGCAGAGACAGUGCUGGCCAUCGAUUCCAUUCAUCAGCUGGGGUUCAUCCACAGAGACAUCAAGCCAGACAACCUACUGCUGGACUCCCGGGGUCAUGUGAAGCUGUCUGACUUUGGACUGUGCACGGGACUGAAGAGAGCACAUCGGACAGAAUUCUACAAGAACCUGAACCAUAGCCUGCCCAGUGACCUCAGUAAACAAACCUUCCAGAACAUGAACUCCAAGAGAAAAGCAGAGACCUGGAAGAGAAACAGGAGGCAGUUGGCCUUCUCCACCGUGGGAACACCAGACUACAUCGCUCCUGAGGUUUUUAUGCAGAACGGAUACAACAAGCUUUGUGAUUGGUGGAGUCUAGGUGUCAUCAUGUAUGAGAUGCUAAUAGGUUAUCCGCCAUUCUGCUCGGAGACACCUCAGGAGACAUACAGGAAAGUGAUGAACUGGCGGGAGACGCUCACUUUUCCACCAGAAGUGCCAAUUUCAGAAAAGGCCAAAGAUCUCAUCCUCAGGUUCUGCUGUGAAGAGGAGCACAGGACCGGUGCUGCUGGUGUGGAAGAAAUCAAGACUAAUCCGUUCUUUGAGGGCGUGGACUACGACCAUAUCAGAGAAAGGCCGGCCGCCAUCCCCAUUGAGAUUAAAAGCAUCGACGACACCUCAAACUUUGAUGAAUUCCCCGAUUCCGAUAUCCUCACACCAACAGCCACUCAAGUCUCCAACCACUCGGACGCCGACCUGAAGAAUAAGGACUGGGUGUUCAUCAACUACACCUACAAACGCUUCGAAGGCCUCACCGCUCGAGGAGCUAUCCCAUCCUACAUGAAGUCCACCAAGAGAUGAAGCAGCCCAGCAACAAGUCCUCGUCCUAACACCUGUCCCAGCACGGACAACUUGAUGUCUCCCACUGGGGAGAUGAGGAAUUUGUUUGGAAAAGGGCUCCCGUCGAUCGCUUUGCACGGUAAAAAUCGCUGCCUUCAUUGCUCUCCAUCGUCACUUUUUCUGAUGCUACCAGGGCCACCUUCCUGCUCUCCAAGGAUUCUCUUCUCUUGACCUUUAUGCCAGCCGAAGCGGUGGGGGGAUAUUUGGUUUGAACUCAAAUACCAGCGACAUCACAUUCCCCCUUUCGAAGCCAGCACCUUUUUCCUCUUUCCAACCAGCGGCCUCUUUGUUUUCUCUAUGCUCCACAUUUAUUAGACACUUGACAGGCGUCGAGUGGUCUCUUCAGGGAUUUUGUCCAAAUAUGUUUGCUGCGAGCGCUGAAUGGUGUCCAACCAAAGACUGCAUCAAGAACCUCUCUCCUUCAUGUCCCUGCGUAGUAACUUAAAAUGGUCGUUUUAUACAAGACUUGCUUGAUGAUGACAAGAGGGAAUUUAACAUGUUACAGAGCACCUUAUGUGAUGUUCUAGUCUGGCCUCAUCGUUUGGCAACUGGUUUUCUUUCUGGGAUGGGGCUCCACGAACAAAAGCAGUAGUUAAUGGUGAAAUAACAAACAUUCCCAUGGACGCUAACACAAAAAUCCUCUUUAAGGUUGACGGGAGCACAUCCAUCGAGGUCUCUUGUCCGAACUCAACCGAUCUGACGCUCCUUUGCUCUCGUCGACGUAAGCGAGGCCUUUGUGCAUUUAGUUGAAACUGGAGUCACGCCAUGUGCUUUAUUUUUAAACACGCUCUCAACCGGGGCCAGUCCACAUGCACAAUCUUCACUCGUGAGCUGUAAUUAGAAGGCUAGACCGCUCCCAUGGCCGCAAUUUCCAGUAUGCUGUCUUCUAAAAUGAAUGUAAGUCUUAAGGUGUAACACUUCUGUUUAUUUACUCCAAUAAUUCCAAAUGCUGAUUGUUUGAAUGCACAAAAUACUAUUUUGGAAGGAAAUGUAAUUCUAUUUGAUCACACCCAAGUUAUUGAAUUGACGUCCACAAUUGUCUUUGCUUUUAAGAUGAUCUUUUGUUUAAAAUAACCAUGAUUUAAUCGAUUUUACAAAUGGAAAUACAAUUGUUUUAUGUGCGCUCCCAAAAGUCAAGUUUGGUCAAACAUGCAAAUGAUGCUAUCCAAAGCUGUGGCAUUGUUUCCGAUGACAUCAUAUUGUCACGUUUCAAACCCAACAGCUUGCUCACAUCACUUUGUAGCAUUGCAAAGUGUUUUAUGACUGUAUCAUCAUAUUGCCUUUUUACAUCAGCCAUCCAACAUUUAAUCUGUUUUUAUAAGACAAAUUGGCUUCCAUUUCUAAUUGUAUGAAAGUUUAUUACCUGUAAUAUAUGAUAAAGAUGAUGAGCACAUUAUUUUAGAAAAGCCUUCAGUGGACAUUUUCCUUUUGGCAGGGUACUUUUUUUUUUUUUUUUUUUUUUUUUUUAAGGAAGUGAUCUGUUACUGGAGUAAUUGUGCUCAGUCGCCUUCAAAGCAAUAGAGUCCAUGUUGCCGUGAUACGAUCUAUGUGUUGUUACAAAGGAUGCGCGUGUGUAUGUUUGCUUCUGUAAUCAUCUCGAAGUGCGAUGUACAUUAUAAUUAUUAUUUAAACCACUUUGUGCUGAUUUUUGUUGUUUUCUCUGCUAUUUGACAAUGAAGUACUCUGCACUUAA